AUGGGGUUGCUGCCAGAUCUGGGUACAGAGAUCGUGAUUCCGGUGUGCGCCGUUAUCGGAAUCGUCUUCUCGCUCGUGCAGUGGUUCCUCGUGUCCAAGGUCAAGCUCUCGCCGGAGGCCGGCGGCGGCGCGUCGGCCGCGAAGAACGGGAAGAAUGGGUACAGCGACUACCUGAUAGAGGAGGAGGACGGCAUCAGCGACCAGAACGUCGUCGUUAAGUGUGCCGAAAUACAGAACGCCAUUUCCGAGGGUGCAACAUCCUUCCUGUUCACCGAGUACCAAUAUGUGGGGAUUUUCAUGGUUGCCUUCGCAGUCCUCAUCUUCCUAUUCCUGGGCUCAGUCGAGGGUUUCAGCACAAAGAGCCAGCCAUGCACAUACGACAAGGAGAAGUUGUGCAAGCCUGCCCUUGCAACAGCGGUCUUCAGCACCUUAUCCUUCUUGCUCGGAGCUGUGACUUCCAUCGUCUCCGGUUUCCUUGGGAUGAAAAUUGCGACAUAUGCCAAUGCGAGGACAACAUUGGAAGCCAGAAAAGGUGUCGGGAAAGCUUUUAUUACGGCAUUCAGAUCGGGUGCAGUCAUGGGUUUUCUCCUUGCAGCAAAUGGCCUGUUGGUCCUUUACAUUGCCAUCAAUUUGUUCAAGCUGUACUAUGGUAAUGACUGGGAAGGGCUGUUCGAGGCGAUUACUGGUUACGGUCUCGGUGGGUCCUCUAUGGCCUUGUUCGGGAGGGUUGGUGGCGGCAUUUACACCAAGGCGGCUGAUGUUGGCGCCGAUCUUGUCGGGAAGGUCGAACGGAACAUUCCGGAAGAUGACCCCAGGAAUCCCGCUGUGAUUGCUGACAAUGUUGGUGACAAUGUCGGAGAUAUUGCUGGUAUGGGAUCCGAUCUGUUUGGUUCGUAUGCUGAGUCAUCGUGUGCGGCUCUUGUUGUGGCCUCCAUUUCUUCUUUCGGGUUGACUCAUGACUUCACGGCAAUGUGUUAUCCACUGCUCAUUAGCUCCAUGGGAAUCCUGGUUUGCUUGAUCACCACUCUUUUUGCAACCGACUUUUUUGAGAUCAAGGCUGUCAAGGAAAUCGAACCGGCACUGAAGAAGCAGCUCAUUAUUUCCACUGUUCUUAUGACAGUGGGAAUCGCAAUUGUCACGUGGACUUGCCUGCCGUCAUCUUUUACAAUUUUCAAUUUCGGUGCUCAGAAAGUUGUCAAGAACUGGCAACUAUUUCUCUGUGUUUGUGUUGGACUAUGGGCUGGACUCAUCAUAGGAUUUGUGACUGAAUAUUACACCAGCAAUGCUUACAGCCCUGUGCAAGAUGUUGCUGACUCCUGCAGAACUGGUGCUGCCACCAAUGUUAUAUUUGGCCUCGCUUUGGGAUACAAAUCUGUGAUUAUUCCCAUUUUUGCCAUUGCAAUUAGCAUUUUCGUCAGCUUCUCGUUUGCUGCCAUGUACGGUAUUGCAGUGGCUGCCCUGGGAAUGCUCAGCACUAUUGCCACUGGUUUGGCAAUUGAUGCUUAUGGCCCAAUCAGUGACAACGCCGGAGGUAUUGCUGAGAUGGCCGGUAUGAGCCACAGGAUUCGUGAGAGAACUGAUGCCCUUGAUGCCGCUGGCAAUACCACCGCUGCUAUUGGAAAGGGUUUUGCCAUUGGAUCUGCCGCUCUCGUUUCGUUGGCCCUAUUCGGUGCCUUUGUCAGCCGUGCAGAAAUCUCGACUGUUGACGUCCUAACCCCUAAAGUCUUCAUUGGUUUAAUCGUCGGCGCCAUGCUUCCGUACUGGUUCUCGGCCAUGACCAUGAAGAGUGUCGGUAGUGCCGCCCUAAAAAUGGUGGAGGAAGUCCGCAGGCAGUUCAACACAAUCCCGGGCCUCAUGGAGGGUCAUGCUAAGCCCGAUUAUGCUACCUGUGUGAAGAUCUCGACAGAUGCUUCCAUUAAGGAGAUGAUCCCGCCUGGCGCUCUUGUCAUGCUGACUCCCCUGAUUGUCGGGACGUUUUUCGGCGUCGAGACCCUGUCCGGUGUUCUUGCCGGGUCCCUUGUCUCUGGUGUGCAGAUUGCAAUUUCUGCAUCAAACACUGGUGGUGCCUGGGAUAAUGCAAAGAAAUAUAUUGAGGCUGGUGCUUCUGAGCAUGCGAGAACCCUGGGUCCAAAGGGGUCAGAACCGCACAAAGCAGCCGUCAUAGGCGACACCAUUGGGGACCCACUCAAGGACACUUCAGGUCCGUCUCUGAACAUCCUCAUCAAGCUCAUGGCAGUCGAGUCCCUCGUCUUUGCACCUUUCUUCGCCACUCACGGUGGCCUGCUGUUCAAGAUCUUUUAA